AUGCAAUUUCUACGCACCAUUCCCGCCACCUUGCCGGAGGCGCGGAAGUGGUACGUCGGGCAGAUGGCGGCCUUUUUCGCGUAUUUGACCUCUCGCCCGAAAGGUUCCCCGGAAGGGGGGGCGGUAUUCCCCAAACAGGUUAUGCUGGAGGCGUUUUACAGGACUUUUUUUACCCUAACUACUGAGGAAGUGGGCGGUGAAGGUGGGUUGGCAAACCCCAAAGCGCAGGAGGACGGCCCUCAUUCAUCCACGUCAUUAGAGAAUCAGGGUUCAUGGGUUGAUCUGUUGAAAAGCCAUGCUAGGACUAAAUCGGGUGCGCACCUGAAUGAGGCGCUUCAGGUGUCUGAUAGAGAAUACCAGACGUUACUACCCCUUCUUCUCCUGAGUAACUGCUCGCGUGCGCUCUUUGUUACCCCCUCAGACUCCCCAGCGAGUUCUUCCGCGGUAAGCAGUCCAGAACAUGAUGCUCAAGGGGACUCUAGCCAGAUUAUUUUAAGCAAAAUAUGGUCCACUCUUUGGGUUGCACUUACCGAUGAGGUCUGCAUUCGAUUUUUGGAGGAAGAUCGCACUAUUGUCCAUUUGUUGCUCGGGGUAAUGUGCCAUUACCCCGCCACCGAUUUAUUUCGCGAACUCCAAAUUAAAAUGGCAUCAUCAAACACCCGCGAUCAACAUUUUUUAUCACGUGUGCUGACAUUUUGCAUAUGCCAUUACUCUAAUAGCUUUCUCACCUGGUUGACCUCGCGGCGCGGUUCACUUGAAAAAGAAAAAUUUCCAACAGGAGGAAGUAAUGGGAUAAGUCAGGCUCGAGAUCUCAAGGAUGAUAUCAUGGGUGAGGAACAACUGGUUUACAAUGAUAUGAAGGCAUGCAUAGGCGCAGUGAAUCAUUUGGACUGCAUAAUGCAAACAUUGAUUUUGCCUUGGGUGAUGAAACAGACUGUGGAGCCACAAGAAAUCUCGAACUCUAGUUCAGAAUACAGUGUUAGUCAACGACUGUAUUUUAGUGCAAUGGAUGCAUGGGGUUUGCUAACCUUAGCGAAUCUUUUGGAUAAAGAACUAGUGGGGAAGGCGUGGUCCACAUGUGCGGUGUACACCUAUGAUCCACUGAACAAGCUAGCGGAUUGGUAUCGACAUGAAACUCAGAGGAUCGACCAUGAGAAAGUGGAGGCCUCCGCGUUGCCCAGCCAUGAUGCUGCCGUGAAAGAAGAAUGCAUUCAGUUGAAGAGGUACAUGACUAUGAUUUGCAUCCAGAUUCAUUCGAAUGCUCUCGAAUAUUUAUAUACCUCCCAUAAUAACAGCCGAGCUCUUCUUUUGAAUUGGUUUGCGUGUUACCUCCGACCUUUGAUUGAACUCGCUAACGCGGUGUGUGCAUCCCCGAAGAGUGGGGCGACCUAUCGUUACGUGGAGGCGUUUGAGUGUGCUCGAUUACUGUGUAAGGCUGCCAUAAUUGCUGCUAAAUAUUUUAGAAAUGCAUCAUAUCCAAAUAAAAAAAGCGGCGUCACUGAGCCUCGGUUCCAAAAACCGGUGUCUACCUCAUUGGGAGGAGAUUUAGGGCCUGUUGUGAAUAGCCAAGCUUCCGAAGGAGCGUUCGCUGGAUUCCUGGAGCAGCUCCCUCUCGCGGAUCGUGAAGCAUUGCCGAAUUUCGCGUUAGGUUGCGUUCGAUUCAAACGAUCAUUGGAGAUCCAGUCAAUUGGUGUGCGUUUGCUUUCUCUGCUGAUCUCGGAAGCACCAGAAGUACUUGCCGCUACCAGAAGUGACGGGGAUAACAACCUUCUCGUAACAACUGCGUUGGCAUUACGCGAAUUCGCUUUUAUUCAUCCAGACAAACAGACAAGGGAACUUGCAGAGCUCGCACUGAAUACCUUUUCAAGCUGGGAAACUUUGUAA